AUGACAGAUUUUCCUCUGCCUCAUAGUCUGGGUAGUUCUCAUAGACAGAGUAUGAUCACCAGAAAAGCUUAUGGACCAAAGGAACAUUACGCCGUCAUGAUGAAUGAAGCCUUUCAGUUAUGGGAGCAGUUGGAAAAAGAGAGUAAAACAGAAAUAUUCAUAAACACAGGAAUGUUAUCUGUAGGUGAAUCUGGUAACGAUUUUAUCGAUGGUACAAUCAAAGCUAUGAGAAAACAUAAUAUUCCAAUGGAUGUAUUCGGUUCUGAUGAAGCAAAGGUUAAGUAUCCAAUGAUAUCCUACCCGACAGAUUUCACAUACGUUUUAGAUCACAGUGGUGGAAUACUACGGGCGGAUAAGGCUCUUAAAGCCUUUCAGGAUCAAUUCAAGAAGUUCGGUGGAGAUUUACAUGAUGGAGAGGCAAUGGUCAAUGUUAUCCCUGGAAAAGUUAUAACCGUCAAUACUUCAAAAUCAUCAUACAAGUGCAACAGUCUUGUGUUGACCGUUGGUCCAUGGGCUAAAACGAUUCUGCCAUCUCUCGGUGUCCACAUUCCAUUAAGGCCUUUAAGAAUAUCAGUUUGUUACUGGAAAGAGAAGAUUCAUGUGCAAUAUCCUGCGAACAGAUUCCCUGUCUUUGUACAACAUCCAGCGGUAGAUAACUAUGAUGUGUAUGGCUUACCAAGUGAGGAAUAUCCUGGACAUGUUAAGAUCUGUUUACAUUUUUGUCCAGACAUCGACCCUGAUAACAGAGAUACUGUAGAUGACACAUGGGUGAUAGAUAAACUGAAAAGUUAUGUCUCAAAACAUUUCCCUAAUCUAGUUCCAGAACCAAGUAUUCUAGAAACAUGCAUUUACAGUGUAAGUUGA